AUGGAUCCACUGUUGCCCACCCUGAGCAUCGUUGACACCAGUGUGCCACAGGACAGACAACAGUGCUUUCUUAAAGCAUCGAAGGACGCCAAGACCCUGGCCUCUCGCAACAGGUGCUUCGAGCGGAACACUAGCCAGGACAAAAAAACUGCUUGUGAGGAAGCUAAAAAAAGAUGCCAGCACAUUACUUGUGCGCCAUCUGAGGUCCAGUAUCUCGGCCAGCUCAUUUUAAACUUUGGCAAAUACAAUGGCCAAAGUUUUAAAUGGCUGGUGGAGAACGAUGUUGGCUACAUUAAAUAUGUGCUGGAUAUACACAUCAAGGAGCGUCGCCAUCAAGGAAGAAAAGAGGGCCCAGGUGAGUAUAUAAAGGAUCUUCUGUUACAGUAUGUGCAACUGUUUCCACAGGUUUCCUGCCACCUCGAGGUCAACGUCGACAGGGCCAUCUACGGUCAGGGCCGCUUCAGAUCCUUCACGUUCCUGGAGAUGCGUCAACUUCUUUAUUGGAGGCUCCUGCAUCAGCCUCAUCAGUUCCUGUCUUUUCUUCUUCAUCGGCUCCUGUAUCAGCCUCAUCAGUUCCUGUCUUUUCUUCUUCAUUGGCUCCUGCAUCAGCCUUGUCAGUUCCUGCCUCGGCUUCUUCAUCGGCUCCUGCAUCAGCCUCAUCAGUUCCUGCCUCGGCUUCUUCAUCGGCUCCUGCAUCAGCCUCAUCAGUUCCUGCCUCGGCUUCUUCAUCGGCUCCUGCAUCAGCUUCUGUGUCAGCUUCUGACGUUCAACCUAGAAGGUCAUCUGGUGGGUCAACACACAGUGACCCAGCACAUUCUGAGGUGUCAUUUGAGGGUUGGCACAAGAUGUGGGAGUCUGGUCUUCAUGGGCUGCCCAGUGCAGACAUACUGUGGCUUAAGGAGGAUGCUGAAAGGGGACUCUUUCAGAGGGCCAUGUCUUAUAAAGACAAACAUGGAAACAGAAAGUGGAGGAAAGUCCUGAAGGAUGACCGGAUGUGGUUUCACC